CGCAGUGACGCAGUGCUGCUGUGAUGACGUGGAGCCGGGCCCCGUCACCAGGCACCGCGCUGGGCCAUGGCUGUCCUCCGGCGCCGCGGGCGGGCUCACUCGGUGUUUAGCCACGAGUUCGUCAUCCACAACCGGGCCGACAUCGCGGCCGCGCUGGUGCUCAUCGUGCUGGGCGGACUCAUGUUCGAGGUCACAGCCAAGACCGCCUUCAUGUUCAUCUCUCCACAGCACAAUGUCACCUCCACCACCCCAGAUGGGGAUGUUGUAUAUUAUGUCUACGGCACCAGUGAUUGUGCCACCAUCUCAUUCUAUAUCUUCAUUACCAUUAUCUUACAUGCUGUUGUCCAGGAGUACACGCUCGAUAAGGUGAACAAGAGGCUGCACCUGUCCAAGGUGAAGCACAACAAGGUGAAUGAGUCGGGGCAGUUGCUGCUCUUCCACCUCGGCACCAGCGCCUGGGGUAUCUACCUGGCCAUCACCGAGGGAUACCUCAGUGCCCCGUCCAGUCUCUGGGAAGACUACCCCCACACACACCUCACAUUCCAGAUGAAGUUUUUCUACCUGUGCCAGCUCUCCUACUGGCUGCACAUGAUCCCAGAGCUCUACUUCCAGAGAGUGCGUAAGGAGGAGGUGCCGCGGCAGCUGCUGUAUAUCGGCCUGUACCUGGUACACAUCGCGGGUGCCUAUCUACUCAACCUGACGCGGGCAGGGCUGGUGAUGGCGGUUCUACAGAGCGUGGCAGAGCUGGUUUUCCACAUGGCCCGGCUGCAGUACUUCACCAACCCGGACAGGCAGGCGCUGUUUGGUGUGUGGGCCGUGGUGUUUGUGUUGUGCCGUCUGGCCACACUCACCCUGGCCGUGCUGGUCAUGGGCUUUGGCCUCUCCCGCGUCCAGCGACAGAGUCUCGACAUGGAGCACGGUGUCUUCAACACCCUCCCCAUCCGGUUGUCGGUGCUGCUGUCCGUCUGUGCCCCCCAGGUGUGGAUGAUGUGGCGUUUCAUCAACUUCCAGCUGCGGCGUUGGCGGCAGAGCCGGCUGGAGCAGGCGGCACGCAGGAAGGUGGCAGUGCCCACCCGACCCGCCGGGGCCAGGCGGAGGGACACCGGUCAGCAUGAGAACGGUUUGAUCAAAUCUGAGGACGGCUCCUCGCCCCGGACCCGAAAAAUCCGUUCCCCCUGAAGUGGGGGCGGGGAGGGGGCUUCUCCCGCACCAGCAGCUGGCCACACAGAGGAUGUCUCCCACCUACCCCCUCCCUCCCCACUCUGUGAGCAC